CGUUAAUAUUUGUCGGCGCAGGGCUCUGGGAAGGAGUAGUUUAAAAUCGAUUUUUUGAUGCAACUCGAAAGUGAAGAAAGAAAAAAUCAUUAAAUUUGCAAAAUUUAAAAAAAUCUACAUUUAAGAAACCUAAAAUGGAUGCAUUAUUGGAUGAAGUGGAGUCCUUAGAAGCAAUUUUAAUGGACGAUGUGCUUAUAGAACGAAAUUCAGAAAGUAUUCCGCAGUUAAUUGAAACCACGAUUUUUCCGGUGGUUGGCGAGGACACAGAUCAGCAAUAUGUCUGCGUUACUUUGCAGGUAAUACCUACCCCUGGCUAUCCAGAAGUUAGUCCUGAAUAUAAGUUAGUGCGUCCACGUGGAUUGGACGAUACACGUCUGACGGAUAUAAAAACUGCUAUAGAAAGUAAACUCAAUGAAUCGAUUGGAUUCCCCGUGGUAUUUGAUUUGAUUGAAGUCGUCCGUGAGCACUUGACAGGCAGCAAUUUACCCAGUGGUCAGUGUGUGGUGUGUUUGUAUGGUUUUUGUGAUGGCGAUGAAUUUACACGCACUGAAUGCUUCCACUAUUUGCAUAGUUAUUGUCUAGCACGCCACUUGAAUGCAAUGCGUCGCAACUACCAGGAUGAAUAUAAUAAAUUGCCGGCUUGGCAACAGAAAACCGCCAAACCAUUUCAAGCCCAUUGUCCAGUGUGUCGUGAGAAUAUUAAGGAUGAAACUGAUAGUUUACGCUGUGCCAUGCCACCCUCUGAUUUGCAAAAUGCUCCAGAUUUUAAACCAACUCCCGAAUUGAGAGAAUUACAACAACGAAUGACUUCAUUGUUUAUACAUCAGAAAAGUCGUGGCGCUAUAAUAGAUUCUGAAGCUGAAGUGGGUGCCGUAUUGUCUAUUGAAACGGAAGAGGAAAUUCGUCGUCGACUGCAUCGUAAACAGCAGGAAGAAACAACAGCUGCUGAAACUCCCGAGAGUGGUGGUAAUAAUUUUUCUUCUAAUUUUGCUGAAUUUAGCGGCGGCAGUAGCAGUGGUUCUGCUACACCUGAUGCUGGAUCUGUAGCUGAACAGCAAGUACAGAAGGACUCGAAUGGUUCAAUUAUGAAAACUAAUUUUGCGCCAGUUGUUCAAAAUAUACAACGCGAAGAUCCAACUAAUAAUAAUUAUCAUCAUCAUAGCGGCGGAGGUGGUGGUAGACGUCAUCAUUUCCGUGGCGGACGUCGUCAUCAUCAUCAUCACCACAAUCAGCAUCAGUCUGAACGUGAUCGGGAGCGAUUUCAACACAAUCACAUUCCCUCGGCUACAUCGGCCUCCGCUUCGUCAUCGUCAUCUGCAGCUGGAGCUGCAGCAAAUACAUCAUCUAGUCAUUCCAGUGGUUCGCAGUCUAUGCAAACAAAUCAAAAACAAGCAAAGGCCCAUGCAGCCGGUCAUGGUCAUAACAGGUGACGAUGGCCUCUCUACAAAUAUAUAAAAUGCAAUACUGAGGCUUUACACAAGAUAUUGCUAUUGCUGCCAUUGUUGCUACCCUCCUCUCUAUAACCAAUACAACUAUGUUUCUAACAAAUUACUUAUUCUUAAUUUUCCUUUCUUUUCUUAUAUUUUUCUGUUUUUAUUUACACUCUUUGCCUCAUUAUGAAUUAAAUGACAAUAUAUAGAUUUUUUUACUUUGUUGUUAAUGUAUUUAUUAAAAUUAUUUAAUAAUCAAAAAUAUUUAUUUAAUUUUUAAUAUUUUUAAAAAUUUAUAUUUUAUUUUAGUUUUUGUUUUUUUAUGUAUAUGUAGAAAACUAAUUUAAUUUUAAGUAAAAAAUCGCACACACCGUAAUAAGACUCAUUAUUGAAAUACACUCUACUAUUAAAUACAACAAUUUAAAAACUAUAUCCUAAGGAUUCUUCGUGUCCUUAGAGUGGUAAAGUUCUUUGUUUUGAAUUUUUAUAUUAUUUAGAAAUGAAAUAUUUAGCAAUAAUUAUUUGUUUAACUAUGUACUAAUAUGUAUAUGAAUAUGUACGCUAUAGUUUUAAAUUAUUUUUUAUGUUUAAUUUAUCACUUACUUAGUAUCCUUUGUUGUUUUUAUUUUUGUAACUUUUUUUUCUAAAAAUAUCAAAAAGGUAGUCAGCACUUGAAAAGUGUAGCAUCAUCUUGUUGUCUUCGAAUUUGCUAAACACAACAAAACUAAAUGAUAUUAAGUAACACAACAAAAACAUUAAACUUAAAAAAAAAAUAAAGUAAAAAUUAUUU